ACGAUCUCGCCAUUACACGAAACUAGGAAAACUAGUCAGAAGGCCUAGAUAGUUUCAGUAAUCUUAUUAUUCUAUAUAUAUUUCCGUGUUGAUAGUCAUAGUCAUGAUGUGUUUCCCUUCACAGCAAAAUUCAACCGAACAGAGUCUCGCAGUUAGACAUCAAACCCCCAUUAUCGAUCAAGGAUAAAUCGAACGAGAACGUGUUAAAAAUGUCCUCUUCGGAAACUGAAGUUCAAGAGAAAGGCUCUGUCUCUAGCUUUGAGCCCGGGCAGGAGACCGCGCCUACCAACAUGCUUGACUUCGAAGAAGCCCCUGACGGAGGUCUUCGAGCGUGGCUUGUUACUAUCGGGGCUUGCUGCGUCUUUUUCUCGGCUCUUGGUUUCUCUAAUGCUUUUGGGGUCUUCGAAGAAUACUACUUGACACACCAACUCAAGGAACAAUCACCGGAUAAGGUGGCUUGGAUCGGUUCCCUGGCGGUGUUUCUCCAGUUUCUAAUGGGCAACAUCGGUGGGCCAUUGUUUGAUCGUUUCGGAGCAUGGGUAAUCCGUCCCGCCGCAGUCCUUUAUGUCUUUGCCAUAAUGAUGACCAGCCUCUGCAAAGAGUACUGGCAGUUCAUGCUAGCCCAGGGAGUCCUUCUGGGAAGUGUCAUGGGCUUUCUACAAUUUCCGGCUAUGGCAGCAGUGUCGCAAUUCUUCAGUAAGAAGCGAGCGGCUGCGCUAGGCGUUGCUGUUGCAGGAUCAUCCGUUGGUGGCAUCGUCAUCCCCAUCGCACUGUCAAAGAUGCUAAAUGGCUCAUCAAUUGGGUUUGGCUGGUCAGUUCGAAUAAUUGGUUUUAUCACCAUACCCCUUCUAGGUUUCGCGUGCAUCGCCAUCACUUCUCGCCUACCACCACGAACAACGACCUUCUUCCUUUGGAGGGCCUUCAAGGAGCCGAGAUUUCUUCUAUUGACACUGGCAUUAUUCUUCAUGCUUCUUGGUGCUUUCACCCCGCUGUUUUACAUCCCGACGUACGCGGUCUCGAGAGGCAUAGAGCCGACGCUCGCAUCUUACCUUCUUGCUAUUAUAAACGCAUCCUCUACUUUCGGACGCGUCAUCCCAGGUGUUUUGGCGGAUAAGUUUGGACGGCUAAACAUACUCGCAUUUGGUGCUUUCGGUACCGGAAUUGUCAUAUUAUGCUGGGAUAAGGCAGAAACCACUGCAGCGUUGGUAGUAUAUUCUAUUGCUAUCGGAUUUACGUCCGGGACUGUCAUCUCAGGGGGCUCUGCAGCCUUCACAGAAUGCCCUAAGGACCCCCGAGACCUUGGUACCUACAUGGGAAUGGGAAUGGGCCUAAGCUCUUUCGCGGCUUUGAUAGGCCCUCCGGUGAGCGGGGUGCUUGUAAGCAAAUACGGAGGCUAUUCCCAAGUACCAUGGGGGACCCACCCAUGGGCCAUACCCCCCCGGGCCACCCCGUUUCUCAUUAAAAUACACACUUUUCAAGUGCUUGUAUUUAAGUUAAUUAAAGUUUAAUAAUUAUAAAAUUAAUAUUAGUAAAUAAC